UAUAGAAAACCUGAAUGCAGAUACGCUAUGCGAAGGCUGUGCAGUCCGCUUUAGGCAAUUCAAUAAUUAUUUUUCCCAUGUGUUCGACUGCACUUAUGCACUGCAUGCAGACAGCCGUACACUGAGGCAAGUGUUGAUGUUAAUGUUAUUCGCCCGUGUAUUCCACGAAGUGAAUCGGUGAAGGGUUUGGCACACGUAGUAGCACCACUCUAAGUGAUGGGAAACGUCAUGGGAGGCUGUGAGUGUAAACAACCAGAGCCGGUCUACGUUUCCAUGGUUUACACCGGGGUUUUGAAGGGAACCGAUGAAGCCCAACCCAUCCCGUUCGAUCGGGUCCUGACCCGCUACCCCAGCAACGCAUGGGAUCCCGAGAACUUCCACUUUGUCUGCCCCAAAGCGGGGACCUACAUGUUCAGCUUUGCAGUAAGGCCGGACCUGGAGUACGCGGCCUCGGUCCACCUGAUGCGAGGCACCGAGCCCUCGGUGAGCAUCUUCGCCGAUAAAAACGACGGCAACGCGGGCACGUCCUCGCAGAGCACCUUGCUGGAUCUCGCGGCUGGGGAGAAGAUCUGGGUGCGUCUUGACGACGGGCCUAACAUGGGGAUCAGAAGCCAUCCCAAGUCGCCUACUACGACGUUCAAUGCUCUUCUGGUGCACCCUGCUAAGAGUGGGAAAGAUGGAAACUGAUUUUGCAUUGAAUCUGCGAUCUUCACUUAAAAACUAUUCCGCUUUUCUGUUUAGUCGUAUUUCGCAUCAGCGAGACAUCGCAAACUCAAUGCAAACAGGCCCUUGAGUUCCAUGUUAUCGUGACACCGUCACUGAAGUUAGGGUUCCAGACGAGGCGUGGACAAUAGUCGCAGACUUUACCGAAAA